AUGGACCGAAUUGCUGGUGCUCUUUAUUUGAGCAUGAAAGACGUUACAGGUAACUGGAAGCCUAAUGGUGGAACCCACGGAUUCCAUGUGAAAUUUCUGAUAAAGAAGGCCGACGCCCUUGUUGUUGAGAAGAAAUGGAAAGAAUUCAACGCUCUCCUAGCUGUUAUGAUAUAUGGUUUGGUGUUGUUUCCGAAUAUCCCGAAUUUCGUCGAUCUAACUGCUGUUUGUCUCUUCAUGGAUCAAAAUCCUGUGCCCACUCUUUUAGCAGAUACUUACUAUACCAUUCAUUCCAGGUAUGGGAAGAAAGGAUCAGUUGGGGGUUGUUUACCGUUGCUAUAUGAGUGGUUCACUUCACACUUACCUAAAAUUGGGUCGUUUGUUACGACGAAAGACUCACAGAAAUGGCCUCAAAGGAUCAUGGGGCUUACUGCAAACGACAUUGUCUGGUGUCCUAUCGGAAUGGGCAUAGAGGAAGUUAUAACUAGUUGUGGCACUUUUGACAACGUUCCCCUCAUAGGAAUGAGAGACAAGCCUUUGGACAAAGAGAUAUUCGAAUCCGUUUGCUUUGAGAAGGGAACUGAUCUAGAGGGAUUGAAAAAAGUAAGAAGCGCCUGGAAUAGCAUCCACACAGAUGACCAGACUUCCCUAGGUGAGAAGAAUGUCGUUGCUAAACAAGCCUAUACAAAUUGGGUCGAAGAUAGAGUUAAAAAUCGCCUGUUGCCUUUCCCGAAGGUUAACCCAUUGUACGAGCAACCACCUGAGGUUCCAUCUGCCACUAUGCCUGCUGAGAAUUGCAUCCAAGCGAAUAUGGAAGGCACCCAGUUGCAUGAAAAGAGUUCAGACGCACAACUAAAACAUUAUCUUGUAGACCAGGAAAAGACUGAGUUGACACACGAAGCCAAAAUGCUGAAGGGAGGAUCUUCCAGAGUUCAAAAGAGGGCUAGAAUGGAAAAAGGUGAAAGAGAUACUACGGUUGUUGUUGAGGAUCACCAGAAGAUCAUAAAAGGGGCCAUAAAAGAGGCAGAAGAGAAACUCAAGCGAGAGUACAGAGAAGACUUGAAGGCUUAUAAACUCAAGAUAGAAAGGGAGGCUAGAGCUGAAGUGAAGAGUCUGAAAAAGAAACUGGAAGAAGAGAUCACCCAAAGAAUAGCAGUUGAGACACAGUUGAAAGGAAGUUACCUCCGUAGCGCCCGACUAACAGAAGAUAAUGCCAAGCUCAGAGAUCAAAUGAUGGGUAUGGAGAACGCACCUGAGAAGGCUUAUCUCCCAGAGUGUAAAGGAUGUGACGAACUUAGGGAGUGCUGCAAGAAGCUAGAUGGGCAGUUAUUCUAA